AUCCCUGAUUGAUGCACGUUUUUCAAUGCCGGCACAAAUAAAAGUAAAGAUUAAUAGAAAAUUAUGUUUAUGAAUGCAAAUCUUUUUGAGCCGGGCAAAUCGAAGCCGGAACGCAGCUUUAUACAGGGUGCAGUUAAGCAGAACACCCGUUUCGAUGGCCGCAAAUCAAACGAAUUUCGUGACGUCAAACUUACCUUCGGCGCCGACUGGGGCACUGUCGCGGUGUCCAUUGGUGAAACAAAGGUGUUGGCACAGGUGAGCUGUGACAUUGGUACGCCGUCAAGUGCGCGAGCCAACGAGGGCACGUUGUUUCUGAAUGUGGACAUCAAGGGCGUGGCAUUUCUGGACGAAGCUCAGGCGACACAUGAUCAGCGCUUCCUAACACUUAACUCCCUUUUGGAGCGGACGUUCAAGAGUUCGCGUUGCCUGGACCUGGAGUCGCUAUGCAUCGCUGUUGAGCAGAGUGUGUGGUGUGUGCGAGUGGAUAUCAAUGUGCUAAACCACGACGGCAAUCUUUAUGAUGCCAGUACCAUUGCGGCGCUGGCCGCGCUCAUGCACUUUCGCCGGCCUGAGGUCUCCUACGUGGAGGAGGAAAUUCGCACGUUUAGCGAAAGAGAGCGCGAGCUGUUGCCGUUGCUCUUCCUGCACUAUCCUGUGAGUGUCACCUAUUGCGUAUACAAAAGCAGCUCGCAGCCAUUGGUGGAUCCAACGCUGCUGGAGGAAAACGCCGCGGACUCGGUCAUUGUAUUGAGCUUUAACUCCUAUCAGGAGCUGUGCACGCUCAACGCUGGCGGCACCGCGCCCACCAAUGUGCGAACCAUCAUGCAGUGUGCACGCAGCGCAGCCAGCCGCUCCAAGGCCCUGGUGCAGUUCAUACGCAAAGCUCUGGAGUUAGAUGCGGAGCGUCGCCAGCAGCCCAAUCAAGUGGCCGGUUUAGUGGAUCUCCUAAAUGAAAGCGCACCCCAGUUGAGCUUUAAGCAUCUGAUGGAAGAGCAAGUGCAUACGGAAGAGAGCAAGGCAGACCAAAUAAGUGGUGAUGAACCCAUGCAGCUACAAGAAACAGUUGCCGAGGAACAGACCACAGAAACGUCCACACAGAAGAUACCAGAGACUCAAAUAGAUGAUAGCAGCUGGCUGCCACAGGAGCAAAAUCUCGCGGAGGAGCAACAGGUGGACGGCGUACAGUUGAGCUUAAAGCAAGAAGUGCCGACAACUGCCAAGGCGGGCAAGUCUAAGCCCAAUCGGGGCAAAAACAAGCUUGGCAAGAAGCAGCCACCGACACCAAGAAAACAAAAUCAAAGCGAUUCGGAGGAGGAAGUCACGCAAAUCAUUUGAUAGAUAGUUUCGUGCUCAUAUAAAUAAAAUUUUUACGUUAUAUACGCUUAAGACAAAACUUAAUAUAAGUAUAUCUUUAGAUAAUUUAGUUAAAAUAUAUACAA